AUGCCCACAGCAGCAAGUGAUGUGAAGGACCAGAGCCCCAGUGUGACCUCUGACAACCUUCAGGGACAUCUGAAGAAUAGCCAGUGCCUAUUGUGGCUGUCAAUGUCCAUGCUGAACACAACCUGGCUUGGGCAGCCAGGGCCCUGGAAUGGGGGGCAGUGUCCACCUGCAGGCACUGAUGUGAACUGGGCCUUGGAAAAUUGUCACUUGCAGCAUGGGGCAGCAGCUUGGGCACUGUACUUUCUGGUAGCCCCACGGUUUUCAGGGUUCUGGUACAUUGUUGCCAUUGCCACAGAUGCCCAGGGCUUCCUGCUGGUCAAAGACAAGAGGAAGCUGGGGGCGUCCGUGGUGAAGCUGCCCAAGAUGGGCCAGGUGAAGGUGGUCAUCGCCUUUAGCAGGUCUCAGGGCUGCCAGUCCCAGGAGAUGACCCUGAAGAAAGACAGGAAAAAGGCUGUGUUCAGGAACACCUUGAAGGGGGUGAAGGGCUUCCAUGUGCUGUCCACUGACUACAGCUAUGGCCUGGUUUAUCUCCGCCUGGGGCGUACGGACCACAGCUAUAAGAAGCCUGCUGCUCUUGGACAGACAGAAUUCUCCAGCUUCCUGAGUCUCAGAGAAUUCCUGGACACCUGCUACACUUUGCAGCUCACCAAGGAGGCCACCAUUCUCCGAAAGACGCGUCUGGAGGAGCACACGUGGAACCAGGGAGAGGUCCUGAAAGCAGAUGGUGCAGCAGUGGCGCCCACAGCAGCCCACCCUCCACCAUUGUCUUCCUCCCCUGCAGCUUCCUGUGCACACACCAUCCUGCCAUGA